UACCGGGCCCGGAUACAGUCUUGGGAAUCUAACUACCGGCACCUCCCAAUGUCCUGAGAUCCGGACCAGCUCCCUUGCUGGUGCCGGAGGAGACCAUAGCAGCCCCUCCGCCCAUUCUACAGGAGGACUUUAAGGCUUAUCAGGAGUUCCUCAAGAGGGUGGCCUCAAAUCUCUAACUCUCGGCCGAGGAGAUGGAGGAGCCAUCAGACAGCCUUUUCAAUGUGCUGUCCUCCUUGGCAUGGGGCUGUGUGGCCCUACCUCUCCACCAAGGGGUAGCCAACAUAUUGACUACUCUAUGGCAAACCCCAGCUUCCCGGGCACCUAUCUCCAAAAAAGUGGAGAGGAGGUACUUUGUCCCGGCUAAGGGACACGAGUACUUGUACUCCCACCCGGCACCCAACUCCCUGGUGGUGGAGUCAGUCAACCACUGGGAAUGCCAUGGUCCGCCCACGCCAGCCCCCAAGGACAAAGAUGCCGGGAGACUGGAUUCUUUUGGCAGGAAGGUUUAUUCUUCCGUGAGCUUCCAGCUCAGAGUGGCCAACCACCAAGCCCUGUUGAGCCACUAUGAUUUGAACUUAUGGAGGUCUCUACUAAAAUUUGAGCCUCUUCUCCCAGAGCGAGACAAAAAGCAGUUCAAGGCUCUGGUUGAGGAAGAGGCAGAAGCAAUGAAAGCAGCCUUCCAGGCCUCCUUGGACGCGGCCGACACAGCAGCCCGUUCGACGGCCUCGGCCAUAUGUACGCACAGGGUGUCCUGGCUUCUCCUGUCCGGUCUAUCUGCAGAGUCCCAGUCCUUGAUGCAAGGCCUUCCCUUUGAUGGGAAAGUGCUGUUUGCAGAUGAAACUGACGUCCGCCUGCAUGGGAUGAAAGACUCCCGCACCACCCUGCAAACUCUGGGCCUAUAUGUCCUGCCAGCAAAGGACAAACCUAGGCUGCAGACUUCAGCACCUCCCGCUAGGGGCAGAUAUGAGCCCCCGCCUAAGAGACUGAGGGAGCAGAGACGCAGGUCUCUCGAAGGACAAGAAGCAGGAAGAGGUGGUUUUGACUCUUUGGGGGGGGCCACCGGGCCUGUUGCUGCGGAAGCACCCCAGUUAAUAAAGUUUGUGUUCUGCAACCGUUUAUCUGCAUUCCGAGUGGAGUGGUCCCAUAUAGCGUUGGACCAGUGGAUCCUCAGCACUAUUUCCAGGGGCUACAUGUUGCAGUUCACCUGUCUCCCCCUCCAACACCCCCAGUCCUGGGAGGACCUUGGGAAACUGGAACAUGUCCCCCUUCUAAGCCAGGAGGUGCAGCUGCUGGACCUAGGUGUGGUGGAGAGGGUACCGGUAGAAUUCCAGGGCGUUCCUUGGCCCAGUGCUGGGAAGCCCUGGACCUAUGGGAAUUUUGCAUAGCCCACCUACCCGGCGCGCGCAGUGUGUGAGCCGAUCACCUCAGCGGGGUGUUUUCCCGCCAGUACGAGUGGUCACUCCACUGGGAGGUCGCCCGACAGCUCUUCCGAGAGUGGGGAGAUCCCUGAGUCAAUCUCUUUGCUACUACCCAGAACCGACGCUGCCCCCAGUUCUGCUACAGGGCAGGGGCAGAAAGGGGCGGGGGUGAUCUCAGAUGCAUUCCUCUUCCAGUGGUCAGGCCAUCUGUUCUAUGCAUUUCCACCAUUCCCACUGAUAGGCAAGAAACCCUUAAACUCCUACCCACCUCCAUCAGAUAUAGCUUGGCAUCACCUACUGUGGAAUACACAGGAGCAAUCACUCGAAGAAAGGACAGUUACCUGUUCCGUCACUGGAGUUCUUCGAGAUGUGUUGCUCAGGUGUAUUCCACAUCCCGCCCUCCUUCCCCUCUGUUGGAGUUUUCUGGCAAGAAGGAACUGAGGGUGAGGGGAGCCCGUGGCUCCCCUUAUAGUGCGAUAUAGAGGCGCCACUCCAGGGGUCGCAGUGGUCCCCCCCCCCCGCCCCUCCCGGGUACUGCUAAGGGAAAAACUUCUGGCACCGGUGCACGUGGCAGGCACGCACACCUACUGUGGAAUACAUCUGAGCAACACAUGUCAAAGAACACCAGCGACGGGACAGGUAACUGUCCUUUUCUCUUCCACUUCGUACA